CUUCCGUCAAAGGAUCCCAGGUAGCUGGUGACAGGAGAGCCCCUGCCAGCCAGAGGGGCCAACGCACAGCCCCAUAGCCCGGCCCCAUAGCCUGGCUCAGAAGAAAGGCAGCAUUUUGGAUGUUGAAGAGGACACUUCUCCUGCUCGCGUUCCUUGUCCUCGCCUGGGCGGAGGCCAGACGGCAGCACCGCCACCACCCGCACUGCUUCAACCCGGAGGACGUGCCGGCGGGGCAGGUGCCCAUCGAGUUCCUCAGCAGGUCGAGGCGGUGGGACCGUCACAGCGCCGUCCUGCUGGUUCCGUACCUGGGAAAGGAGUCGUCUGAGGGGCGGAGGCAGCGGAGGCAGCUGGGCUACAACUGCUCGGCUCUGCAGCUCCAGAACGUGCCGCACAGCAGCGUCCACGAACGGUCCAUCUCGCCCUGGAGCCACGAAGUCAACGAAGACGAGAACCGCUACCCGCGCCGGCUGGCCUUCGCGUAUUGCCUCUGCAGAGGCUGCAUCGAUGUCAAGACGGGCCGGGAAACCAUCUCCCUCAACUCGGUGCCCGUCUUCCAAGAGAUGAUGGUGCUGCGCCGCAAGCCCUGCCCGCACAACACCGGAGCCACCAGCUUCACCUUGGAGGUGGACUACAUCAAGGUCCCCGUGGCCUGCACCUGCGUCUUGCCCCAGUCCGACUCCAGCAGCUGAGAGG